GCGUGUGGGGCUCCCAGCCAGCUCCAGAUCCUGCCAGAACCUCCAGCCCCAGGCACAGAACUGUUCCACAGCUACCAUGAAGAGUGCACUGCUCUUCACAGCCAUCGUGGCCCUCAGCCUGGCUCAGAACUUUGGGGCUGUCUGUGAGGGGUCGCAGGAGCAGAAGGACCCGAGUAUCUACCAGCUGCUCCGGGGACUCUUCGAAAGCCGGCCAGUCAGUCUAAAGGACUUGCUCAAAGAGCUGAGCAAGGCGGCCACUGAUUCUAAGGGACCGUUUCUUCCCCAGAAACGUGACAUGCAGGACUUCUUUGUGGGACUUAUGGGCAAGAGGAAUACCCAGCCAGCCUUUCCUACUAAUGUGAAUCAAGAGAAAGUCUCCAGCCUGGGUACCCUCAAGAAUCUCCCCAAUGCAGAAUGAGCACUCCUCUUCUGGACCCCUGGACUGCAUCAUGAAGACCUGUCUCCCUGUCCCAACCCCAGUGCACGCUCUCUCGUUUUUCUUUCUCUUCCCGGUUCUUGUAACAUCCCUGUGCUUUGACUCCCUCUCCUGUCUUCUACCCGAGCCUGGUGUAGAAACUGCAUAUGGAUAUCCCCAAUCCUAGCGGGCAUUGACUAUAGACGCGCCUGGAGUUUCUGU